AUGUCGUUCUUGAAGGAAUUGGUUGGUCUUGGAGUGCUUCCCUCUGUUCAAGAAGCUCAGGCUCCCGUCCAUCCCCCUAUUGCUAGCACAUCCCCCAAGGUGGGUGAAACUAGAGGAUUUGGAACAGGAGGUGGUGGUGGAGGUGGUGGUGGUGGGGGAGGUACCGGAAAUGGUUAUGGAUAUGGUGGAGGAUUUGGAGCCGGAGGUGGUUCUAGAGGAGGAGGAGGUGGUGGUGGUGGAGGAGGAGGAGGAGCAGGAGGAGGGUCAGGCUUUGGUAGUGGUUUUGGCGGGGGUGGAGGGUUAGGAGGAUUGGGAGGGGGAAUGGAAGGUGCGCGUGCUGGAGGAAUGGGAGGCGGAUUUGGUAUGGGCAUUGGUAUAGGAGUUGGAGUUGGAGGUGGAGGUGGUCAAGGUGUUGGAGUAGGGACCGGGUUUGGUGGUGGUGGUGGUAAUAAUGGCCGAACAUAA